CCUGUGCAUUCUCUCAGCCUUAGUGCCUCCUUUCCCAGAUCGCCCUCUCCACCUCGCUCCGAGAAAAUAAAUCAUCGAGAGGGCGGUCGAAGAGAAACGAGCACAACACAAACACAUACCAUGGAGCGGUUCGUCUGCGCCUCCCUCCUCCUCAUCCUCGCCUCCGCGGCCGCCGUCGAGGCGGGCCGCAUGGGCCCUGCCGCCGUGUUGCCUGCGAACCACGUGUUGCCCGGCGCCGGGGGCGAGUUGCCAAGGAUAUGCGACCAGGUGCGGUUCAAGACGAUAUGCCGGGGCUUCACGAAGCUCCCCGGCGUGGCGACGCCCCGGCAGCUGCUGCUGGCGUCGAUCCGCGUGGCGACGGACAAGGCGAACGAGGCCAAGCUCCGGGUGCAGGAGUACGCGGCGAGGACGCACGCGGCCGGGCCGAUGGCGUCCAUCACUGACACGUGCCGCGACGGGUACGACAGCGUGGUGCGGGCGCUGGAGGAGACGCGGCAGCUGGUCGAGGCCAACAAGGGCACGAGCUUGGACCUGAACACCAAGGCGUCGGACGCCGUCACGCACGCCGACGAGUGCAAGGACGCCUUCGCGGACUUCCCGGAGAUCAAGUCGCCCUUCGCCGCCAUGCAGCAGAACGUCUUCCGCGUCGUCGACAACGUCCUCAACAUCGCCGCCGUCGUGCAGCAGGGCGAGGCACGCCCGGCGAAACCGCUCGGCCCGCACGUGCACUGAGCGAGUGAGCCGGACUAGCCGGCCGGGGCUAAAAGGGAAGGCAAGAGUGGUGGGUGGUGAUGCACCCAUGUUCCGCACCGGAACAGCAAAGGCUUGAGAAAAAAAAACUGUACUACGUACGUAGUAGUCUAAUGUAACUUGAUGAGGUUACUAACACGGAAUUACAGGUUGAGCUCGAAUCGUAUA